AUGAAUUUCUCUUUACUUUCUACAAUGCUAUUAGCAUUCGCAUUGUCUUCUGUUUGCUUGUUUAUUGCUGGUCAUGCUCAGCAAGUUUCAGGAAAUGCAACAGUUUCAGCACUCUUUGCUUUUGGAGAUUCGAUACUCGAUACAGGCAACAACAACAAUCUCAGGACUCAGUCCAAAUGCAAUUUCUUUCCGUAUGGUAGAGAUUUUACAGGCGGAAAAGCUACUGGAAGAUGUGGAAAUGGAAGAAUUUUCUCAGAUAUAAUUGCCGAAGGUUUGAGCAUAAAAACUCUCUUACCAGCUUACCGCGAUCCCAACCUUUCGAACAAUGAUCUUCCAACCGGUGUUUGUUUUGCAUCCGUUGGAUCCGGACUUGAUGAACGCACUGCCAAAUUACAAGGAGUUGUAUGGGUGCCAGAUCAGGUGAAAGAUUUCAACGAGUAUGUCACUAAACUAAACGGCGUUGUUGGAAGCCAAGAAAAAUCAAACGCAGUUUUAUCAAACGCCGUUUAUUUGAUAUCAGCUGGAAAUAACGAUCUUGCCAUCACAUUUUCGACUGGGAGAACAAGAUACACUAUCUCAGCUUACGCUGAUCUCCUGGUCACUUGGACUGAUAAUCUUAUAAAGAGUCUAUAUGAUAUGGGUGCAAGGAAAUUUGGGGUUAUGGGAACACUACCACUAGGUUGUUUGCCAGGAGCAAGAAACGUUGCUGGAAAUUAUCUGAAAAUAUGUUCAAACCUUGUAAAUCAAGGGGCUGAUUUAUUCAACAAAAAGUUAUCUGAGAAACUUAACAAUCUCGAGACGACACUUCCUGGUGCCAAAUUCGCCUAUGUAGACAUGUAUAACCCUCUUCUUAAUCUCAUCAACAACCCUCAGGCUUCAGGGUUUAUUGAUGUCGCUGAUGGAUGUUGUUGUAUGCCGACAUCGCCUGUUCCGUGCUUGGAUGCAGCUCGUUACGUGUUUUGGGACUUUGCCCACCCGAGCGAGAAGUCAUAUCAAACGAUUGCACCAAAGAUUAUAGAAGAGCUCAAGGAGAAACUCGCAUGA